CUGUAGUCAUCAUAGUCAUCAUAAUAAUCAUAAUAAUCAUAAUAAUAGUCAUCAUAAUAAUAGCAACAAACUCACUCACACCGCUCCGAGGAGUGCCCUUUGCCCAUCCGUGGAUCAUCUCCCUCUCCCGUUAAUGCAGGAAUCCAGAAUCCAGGAUUCGGGGAGAGGAGGACCCAAUAAUUGGUGCGAGAGGCCCAUCGGGGCCACUGCAGCCUUCCGAAACGGCCCUCGUUCGGGCAUUUCGAUUUGUCCAUCUGGCAGCUGCAGAUCUCAACGCCCUAUCCUGUCCCCAGUCCUCCCCCCUCCACCACCGCCGAUCCUCGCCGCUUUCCAACAAGAUUGCAUCAGACGCCGCGACUGGGGACGGUGACAGCGACUCCUCAUCUAUCUAUUCGACGCGACGGGCGGGGGAGGGGAAGGGAAGGGAUUGCACUACCUACC